UAAACCUGUUGUCUUGGAUCCUCGCAGCAGGUGAAGCUUUGAACUCGCUCUUUUGUCCACAAACGGCUGUAAAGAUGCCCAGUAUGAAUGAGCAAGAUGAGCGGAUGAGAAAGUUCAAAAACAAGGGCAAAGAUGCAGCUGCUAUGAGACGGCAAAGGGUGGAAGUGAAUGUUGAACUUCGAAAGGCCAAGAAAGAUGAACAGAUCUUAAAAAGGCGAAACAUUACUAUCACUUUGGAAGAGAGGCUCUCUCCAGAGCAGGAGAAGAAUGCAAGUGCUCAGCUUUCGUUGGAGGAAAUAAUCGAAGGUGUGAAUGCAAAGAGUCUGGAGAUUCAGCUGAAGGCUACUCAGGCAGCCAGACGAAUGCUGUCCAGACACAGGAACCCACCUCUCAAUCAGAUCAUAGAAGCUGGGAUUAUCCCCAGACUGGUGGAGUUCUUGAGCCGUAACGACAACAUUACCUUGCAGUUUGAAGCGGCGUGGGCGCUGACUAAUAUUGCUUCGGGGACAUCUGACCAGACUAGAGCCGUUGUGGAGGCAGGGGCUGUCCCAGCUUUCAUAGACCUCCUGUCCUCUCCACACAUGCAUAUCAGUGAACAGUCUGUGUGGGCGCUGGGCAAUAUAGCAGGUGAUGGUCCCCUGUACAGAGACUCCCUUAUCAAGUGCAAUGUGAUUCCCCCACUGCUGGCUCUGGUGUCGCCUGCUACUCCAAUUGGGUUCCUACGGAAUAUCACAUGGACACUGUCGAACCUCUGCAGGAACAAGAACCCGUACCCUCCUCUGGAAGCAGUGAAGCAGAUCCUGCCAGUGCUCGUCUGCCUUUUGCAGCAUGAAGACAAGGACAUUCUCUCUGACACGUGCUGGGCAAUGUCCUACCUGACUGAUGGAUCCAAUGAUCGCAUCCAGAUAGUGGUGGACACUGGGAGUCUUCCAAGACUUGUGCAACUCAUGGCCAAUCCAGAGCUGAUGGUUUUGACUCCUUCUCUACGUGUUAUUGGGAAUGUAGUCACGGGGACUGAUGAGCAGACUCAGUCGGCCAUUGAUGCAGGCGUCUUGGCCAUUCUGCCACAACUCCUGCGACACUCCAAGCCAACUAUACAGAAGGAGGCAGCAUGGGCACUCAGUAACAUUGCAGCAGGACCUUGCCGGCAGAUCCAGCAGCUUAUUACUUGUGGACUGCUACCUCCUCUGGUGGAGCUGCUGGAUAAGGGAGAAUUCAAAGCUCAGAAAGAGGCUGUGUGGGCAGUGGCCAACUUCACAACGGGAGGCACCGUGCAGCAAGUGGUGGAACUUGUCCAGUCUGGGGCUCUCAAGCCUCUGCUCAAUCUGCUUUCUGCCAGAGAUGGCAAAACCAUCUUGGUCAUCCUUGAUACAAUAUCAAACCUCUUCCUGGCAGCAGAGAAGCUGGGAGAGACAGAAAAGCUCUGUGUCCUUGUGGAAGAGCUUGGUGGCUUAGAGAAAAUAGAGGCACUACAAACCCAUGACAAUAACAUGGUCUAUCGAGCUGCUUUGGGUCUCAUAGAGAGAUACUUUGCUGGUGAGGAGAAUCCAGGCUUUCAGCCAGAAGCUGACCAAGACAGACAGAUGUUCAACCUCUCAGCAGAGAAGCAAGACUUCUAUGACUUCUGAGAACGGAGCACUGAAAUGGCGGGGAGGGGAAGGUGCAUUCUACUACGUGUUCUCUAAGGGUAAAGGUGAGGGGGGUCUUUUUGUAUUUCUGAAACAUAACAAUAAAUCUCACUUUCUGGA